CUUCUAUCCAUACAUUCCCAAAAUGGCCACCCCUACCGUCAACGUCGUCCGUUGGUCCGCUCUCCUCGCCGGUAUCACCUACGGGGUCUUCCACCAGUCCACACUACAGACCAAGUACGACGAGGACAAGGCCAAGCACCACGCCGCCCACCGAGCGCACCUCGUGCAGGAGGCGAAGAAGGCGUAUGCUGCGAAGAAGGCUGCCGGUGCCGCGACGGGAUUGAUCACCGACCCCGAAGAUCCCAAGUUCGACCUCGAGAAGGUCAUCGAGUCAUGGACCAAAGACUCAUAGAGGAAAGAAGGAGUCCCUUACCGUCAUUGUUGUCAAACUCAAUCUCUUAUACCGAAUACCGACCCAUGAAAACUAAAAUAUGCUC